ACUGCCUGUAUCGUCUGCUAAAUAUUGGGUUCUUUUGCAUAUAUUUGUGCGCAGUAAUUGUUUUGGAGUAAGAUGAAUGAAACCUGCAGUAUGACAGAACAUUCAGCUUCAACUGAUAAGAUUUUAAAGACAAGAGAAGAAAUUACAAGACAAUCCAUCUGUAACAUUUCUGAUGCAAUCUCAACUGUGGUGAGCCACAGCACCAAUGAUGAAUUCAGGAACACUUGUUUCUCACUCCUAGAGGUACCUAACUCAUCUAGUCUAGCAGCAGCAGUUUCUUCCAAACUCACAUCUAUAUCAUCUUAUCGUUAUGAAGUUUCAUUGCCAUCUGAAGCACCAACAACACAACAGCAGCAGCCUCCUGUAGUGCUAUGGGGUCAGUUGAAUUCACAGCAGUCAUCAAUGGAGUCAAGUCUGCAGAAAGAUCAAGAAAUAUCACAACUCCAACCUACAGAUAACUUUAAUAAUGCCUUUGAUUUGGAUUUUAAUGAUGAUGACUUUUUCGAUGAGAUCAAGACAACUGUGGUAUCAGAAACUAAACGGCAAAUCCCACCACAAUUUGACAGUAAUGUAGCAACAUCAUCCAUCAUCAACCCUCCCAAGUCUCUUGAGGUUCCUAGUUCACCAUUCAUCAAAGGGGACUGGUUUGAUGAAGUCUUAGACACCGAUCUGUUCUUCAAUGAAAGCUGAGAUGAUGUCAUACCCCAAAAUAGAUUGCCCUGUGAGCAGCAACAGUGGUCAUCUAUUUAAAGGUAUGACAUCACUACCUCCAUAUAGCAGUAGCUACCGACCACCGUGAUAUCCAAGCUUCCUACGCCAGUAAUUGAGUUCACUUUGAUAAAAUCUGCUUCUCACACAAAAAGUUAGUCAGUGGUUUGCCUUGAAUGUUUUUAAUUUCUGAGUUCUCCUCUUAAAUGUAAAUGUUUAGUCUCUGGGCCCAAAUUUCGUAGAGCUGCUUAAGCAGACAAUUUUUCUAAGCAGAAAUGAGCAGGAUACCAAUCACAAACUGUACAUGGUUCAUAGUAUUUUGGCAGGUAACCUUACUCUGGUAAGCAUAAAGAUUCGGGCCCACUUUCAUAAUGCUGCUGGGUGCUUGCCACAGAAUCAGGCUCUAAACUGAAAAUGAUAACCCUUUUCUUGACAAGUUGUUGUUAGAGUUUGUCUUUGAACCUCAUGAAUUGAAAUGAAAGGAAGAAGUUGUUCUCACUUUCACAUCCUUGUUGUGUAAGCUGAUAGGACAUUCUGAAAGACUUAUCGUUUUGUUUUGUCAAAUUGGAUAUUUGAGUUAUUUAUACGUUUUAAAACAUUGGCUUUAUAGUGACUGGGCAAACCCAUUUCAGAAUUGCUGCACUGGUGUUUUUUUGAAAACUUAAAAGCUGUGUUUCUGAAAUUUGUGAAUAAUAAUGAUAAUGAAGACAACUCAAUGUUUGAGGCCAUUUCUCAGGUUAUUGUUGCUGACCUAAACUUGAUUAAAACAUAAUGUCUUCACAGAUCUUUUCUAGAUCUUGAUUUGCUAAUUAUAUGACAAUUUAUUAAUUUCUUGCCAUUUGUUGUUUAUAGAAGGUUCAUCUAAGUUAAAAGUUCUACAAGGUGUACAAUUGACAAACAAUUUUCUCAGGUAUUAUAAUGUAAUUUUUUUAUAUUUGUUAUUAUAUUCAGUUAGGA